AUGUACCGCGGCUCCCUCAUCGCCCACCUCACGGCGCCCAGGAACCCCUCACCCCUCAACACCCUGGCGCAGCUGCGGGCAGUGGGCGGCGCGACGUGGGGCCUGGAGGGCGGGUAUGGGGUGGGCUGGGACUGGUUCAAGUUCAACAGUAAUCCGGAGGUGAAGAAAAUGUUCAGCGUCAUGCAGGUCACGCCGCGGAAGGAGCAACUACAGCAGGUGUUGAGCGCCCCGCACGCCUUCUUCACCUGGAAGUAUUAUAUUCAGACAGUGAUGGCGGUCCUCUACACUGACGCCGACGGACGCCACCCGUUCCACAUCGGAACAGAGGAAUUGCUCUUGGGGCAAAGCGGCUGGGGCGUGAGGAAAAACGCGCCCUUCCUCAAACCGCUGGACCGGGUUAUCGGGUGGCUGGGCGAGGCUGGGCUCAUUGACCACUGGCUGAGUGAACUCUUCCAGACUUCCCUGGCCGAGAACAGACGGGAGCAGCGGCAGCAACAGGAUGGCCAAGGCGAUGAUGACCUGGGGAGCGAAGGCCAACGCCAGGUCUUGGGGCUGCGUCAUCUGCAGGGCGCCUUCUACCUGCUGGUGGUGGGAGGAGGAGUUGCCCUUUUGGCAUUCACAGUAGAGCGUAUCUCCGGGCGACCGCCAACACCGGGGUAGGCGGCGCACACUUACGAGGAAGAUGAACUAUGAACUUCAGAUCUCUUGGACCGCUUUCUCAAAGGUUUCGGAGUCUCAUUUCGACUAGUUUUAACAUGCUCUUUGCUGUGGAAGUUAUUUAGGCUUUCAAGGGUGUUUUAUUUAUUUAUCCAUCUAUCUCUUCACUGUAUCAUGCUGCCAUUAUGAAAUACACAUUCGUGUCAACGGA